AUGACAACCACAAAGGAAUUCACCCUGGACGACGUUAACGCACACAAGAGCAAAACCGACUUGUGGGUUGCGAUUCACGGAAAAGUCUACGACGUGACGAAGUACAUAAAGGACCAUCCUGGUGGUAUUGAUGUACUGGUCGAUGUUGCUGGGCAAGACGCAACGCAGGCGUACGAAGAUGUGGGACACUCGGAGGACGCGAACGAGAUUUUAGAAACCUUCCUGGUUGGCACGUUGAAAGACGCGGAGGAAUACAAGGCUCCUCCAGCAAUCCGGGUUAUCCAGGAGUCUGCAGCGCAACAACCCACAAAGACCGAUUCGGGCGCUGUCCGCACCCUUGGAAUCACUACUUGCUCGGCCCUUUCGCUUUACCUGGCCGUCACUUCUAUCAGGUCAUACUUGAACCUCCAUGACCUGGCCAAGUUACUUCCCAACCUAGCUCACCUGUCAUCGAGCAAGCUUUCUGUCUAUCUCCCUCAUGGCGGCUUUGUCAACGGAGUUGCCGCCACUGCCUGUGUCUGUGCUAUACUAGGUGGUGUGGUCGGAUCCCGUCUUUCGAAGCUCACUGAGAUUGACUCGGGGUUCACAAAAUAUCCCCCUCGCAUCAAAAGAAGCACCAUCCUCAAGCAAGACCCUCACCUUACUCCGGGAUUCCUUCAGCCAAAGGAAUACAGGACUCUGCCCCUGGUUGCAAAGAACCUUCUGGCUCCUAAUGUCUAUCGCUUCGUCUUCCAGCUCCCUCAUAAGACCGAUGUCAUUGGUUUACCCAUUGGUCAACACGUUGCCAUCAAAGCAACAAUCAAUGGCCAAUCCGUGGCCCGGUCAUACACUCCAACGUCAAACAAUCUCGAUCUAGGCAAAUUGGAGCUUGUGAUCAAGUGCUACCCAGACGGGCUGCUCACCGGACAGUACCUUGCCAAUCUCAAGAUUGGCGAUAAGGUCCUAUUCCGGGGCCCUAAGGGCGCGAUGCGAUACAAAAAGGGUCUGUGUAAGAAACUGGGAAUGAUUGCUGGAGGCACUGGUAUUACACCCAUGUACCAGCUUAUUCGUGCAAUCUGUGAAGACGAGACAGACACUACUGAAAUUUCGCUGAUUUACGCCAACCGCUCCGAAGAAGAUAUUCUUUUGCGGGACGAGUUGGAUGCAUUUGCCUCCUCGUGUCCGGGGACGCUUAAGAUCUGGUACAUGUUGGACCAUCCACCUAAGAACUGGCGGUAUGGCAAGGGCUAUGUCACGCCUGAGGUCAUGCGUGAAAGUCUCCCUGGGCCGUCGCAGGAUAGCAAAGUCAUGCUUUGUGGCCCUCCUGGCAUGGUCAACGCAGCAAAGAAGGGAUUAGUUGGUCUGGGAUUCCAGGCCCCGGGGGCAGUGUCCAAAAUGACAGACCAACUUUUCUCUUUCUAA